GUUCACAUUUAGUUUGUUUUGAGCAGUUGCGAUAGUCUGUCGUCGUCGUGCGCUCGACGAAAAGAUUAUUAUUUAUUUGUGUUUCUUUUUGUUUUUUAUUUUCGUUUUUGUUUCUCGCCUUUUUGCUGUAUGACAAGGAAAUCAUUUUCGAACGAAAAAGAAGAGAGAAAACCAAAUCAAUUUUGUUUUGGAAUUUCAAAAGCGACAAGUGUGUAAAAGAUACGAUAUUAUUUAUCCGGCUAAAACUGUUGCUGCCACAUCAGAGACGGAAUAAACAUCCCAAAUUCAAGAAAUACAAUUUCAACGCAUAAUUUUUUUGCUAUCAACAGAAAUCGUGAAGAAGUUUUUUCCUGAUUUUUAUAUCACCGUUCUUGUUCAGUGCUAAAAAACCGUUGAAAUAUUCUUAUCAAUUUUGUCAUUGGGACGAAUGUUCGAUCAAAGUGUAUAUUGAUACAGUUGUCAAUAAAUUAAAAAAAAAAAAGAUUAAACCAUCGGGCAUAAUCCAUCAAAUUCACAUGUAAUACAUGACUCUAUACUAAAUACACCAGGAAAAAAACGAAGAAUAAUUCGUUUGUUCACACGGACGCCGAAAUUUAUUACAAUUUUUAUUCUUCUCGAAGUGAUUCAUGAAGUUGAUGAAAAAAUAAGCGAAAACUCUGAAAACAAAACAAGCAAAACACUUUUUUUUUCUUGUUUCCGUUGAUAAAGUGUCAGAACGAAUUAAACUAUAUAUAUCAGACGCCGUCAGUCAGGAACCGAGUUGGAAAAAUUAAGGAAGGAAGAAAAAAAGAAUUUUAAUCAUCAAAACAUUUGUGAUUUGAGAAAAAGCCGCGUGAACCGAAUCAUAUAGAAAUAUCACACUUUGUAGUUCUCGCUCUCUCAUGAUUGUAUACUCGUCCAAAGGUUUAUUUUUGGAAAUCGGAAGAAGAACACAAAAUAACGAAAACAACAAAUGAAUUAAGCAAAUCAAAACAAAGAAGAAGAAGAAAAAAAGAACUUUCGUGGAAUCAAUUAGUGCAAAAAAAAAAUUGAUGAAUAGAAUCAACGUUAUUUCCGUGGAAAUGACUAGUGUAAAGACAUCAACCGCAUUGUAUUAAAAACUGAUUUAACUGAAGAGAUAGAACUGAGUAGAAACGUCAAAAACAUUUUGUUGUUUUGAACCAAGAAAAAGAAGAACAUUUUAUAAAAGCCGCAUCAGGAUCGUGCUACUGUGUUCCCCAUUGGAUUUACAGCCAUUUUAACGAACAAUAUUGACGAGACGAGCCGCUCAUAUUUGAAUAAAUUUGAUAUAAUGAAGUUAUUACCGAUCCCAUUGCCGCCCCUAGGUGCUCCACCACCAAUCGGAAUGUUUGCACAAGAUUUAUUGUGGCGCUAUCCAGCACCAUCUAGCCCAUUGGCUGAACUUAAAACACAAUUGCCACCGCAAUUGCCGACCGAUCCGCGUGUGUGGAAUCGCGACGAUGUUGCCAUAUUCCUGCAGUUUUGCGAACGUGAAUUUGAUUUGCCAAAAUUCGAAAUGGAUCUCUUUCUAAUGAAUGGCAAAGCAUUGUGCCUGCUGACAAAGAACGAUUUGGCUGAAAGAAUUCCUGGCGCUGGCGAUGUCUUACACAAUGUGCUACAGAUGCUUGUCAAAGAGUCACAGAUGAUGCACAAAAAUCUGCCCAACAGCCCAAUCACACCAACCAGUCGCUAUCAUCCAUUUUCACCACACAGCCAACCGCCAACACCGAAUUGGUCGAUAUUGGCACCGCCAGACAGCCCAUUUCAUCCAGCCCACAUUCAACAUUUGAUGCAAUCAAAUUCGGUUACACUCAGCCCAGCACCGUCGGUCGAUUCACAGGGUCGCAGUCCACCACAACAGGAAAUGUUGCAACAACAAGCACAAGCCUUCCAACAAAAUGCAUCAACAAGUGCUGGCAGCAGCAAUCAAUCCGAUUCCGAUGAAGAUAGCUACUCGGAAAAACCACAAAUCACAGUGGAUCAACACCAAUCCAGUCCACCAUUGACACCAUUGUGCAAAGAUGCAUCCGCUUCGUUGAGUUUGUCCCAGCAAAUCUCGAAUGUUGUUAGCUCGUGGUCAAUGCAUCAUCAAGACAAUUUCGGUAGCAGCAGCGGAUUGAGCAGCGGUAGCUCAUCGGCUCCAACCACUCCAUGCAAUUUUGCCCCAGUUAAACGUGAAUUUUUCCCAGACACACCAGAACCAAAUACAAAUGGACGAUUACUUUGGGAUUUCUUGCAACAAUUGUUGAAUGAUGCAGCUCAACGUUACAGUAAUUUCAUUGCAUGGAAAUGCCGAGAGACCGGCGUAUUCAAAAUCGUUGAUCCAGCUGGCUUGGCCAAAUUGUGGGGCAUUCAAAAGAACCAUCUCUCAAUGAACUACGAUAAAAUGUCACGUGCUCUCCGUUACUACUACCGUGUCAACAUUUUGCGAAAAGUUCAAGGCGAACGCCAUUGCUACCAAUUUUUGCGUAAUCCAACCGAAUUGAAAUCAAUCAAAAACAUUAGCCUCUUACGUCAGCAACCACCACCGGCACCAGCUUCGUCAAAUCAAACAUUGAACAAUAAAGUGAAUGAAAGCAGUAACAACAACGGCAACAGCAACGGUACCACCCAAAUGGGUGCACAUCUGAAUGUGCAAUCGUUGCUCCACCAACAAGCGCCGCCAUCAUCGCCACGCGUUCACGCAUUAAACGGUGCCUUUCAUUAUUUAACCACAUCAACUGUACCUGACCGAAGCUCACCGCCACAGUCGCAUUCAUCGUCGCAAAGUGACAUGGACGACCAGCCAACCGAUUUGAGCACCAGUGGCCGAACAUCAAAUCCAGACUGCUAUCCAUUGAUCCGAAACUCAAAUGGACUAACAACAAUCCGUUUGAUCCAACCACAUUCACCGCAAUCACAACACAUGGACGAUUAUCCAUCGCACCAUUCCGAUAAAGGUGAUCGCACCAGCCCGAUGGCUACCGAUCUAAGAAAAAUGGAAUAAGCACGAUUCAAUGAAACAAAAAAAAAGCGAAUCGGAAACGUGGAGGAAAAAUUAACUAUAUUUAUUUCUUGCUUGCAACAAGUGCUUGCAUUUCGAUCUUCCCUACAUAAUAAUUUGAGUGUAGCCUUUAGCUUAAGAAUAUAAUCGCUUGAUUUUAAACAUUGCAAUACGCACAAUGAACUCUUUUUACGACAGAAAAAAUGAUAACAACAACAGAUUUUAUCGAAUAGACAAUAUACAUAUAUAAAUAUUAUAAAUUUUUGUUUAAUUAGCUUACUUGUAAAUAUUUACAUUCAUCUUUUAACUAUGAAAACAGAAGAAAAAAAAACACCGCCGAAAAAAGCAUAUUCUGAAACAUACAUAUGAAAAUAGCAUGCGAAAAAUAAUGACGAUUUUCAUGAAAUGGCAAGGGAGUUUCUCUUUCUUUCUUCUACAAAUAAUACACUUUCUUUUGUAAAUGUACUAGCUUUAAUAUCAUUUCCAUUUUAAGAAUAUUAUCGUAUUAAACAUUAAAUAAAUUGGCGUUAGGUGUGAUGUAUUUUCCGAAAGACAAGCACGGAAUUUUGGAUUGAAGAGUAUUCAGUGCAUAUUAAAACAAACAAAAAAAAAAUUGACAAAAACGCAGAUAAUAAUCAAAUUGUGCCAAAUAUACCGAAAUUAUUCGAAACAAAUAGAAAUUCGAUCGAUCAAUCGAAACGCAAACGGUGAAAGAAUUCUUUUUUUUGUCGAUUAUCCGAAAUUUAACAGUACAGUUGGAAAUUUCAAUAUUUGAAGAAUUUGCAAAACUAAUUUUGAAUUGGAUCCAUAUAUAUAUGUAUAUCAUGGCCAAACAUGUUCAAACAGACUUGUCAAUUUAAUUCCAGAAGAAGAAAUACAGCGAGGAUUACCGUUAUUCAACAAACACAGAACAAUCGAGAGAAAGAGAAAACAAAAAUUUGACAGUGACAUGUGCCAAUUUCUAAUUCUAUUUAAAUAUUAUCAUUUGCGUGUCGGAUAGAAGCGCGAGUUUUCUUUUUAUUUCUUUUCUAUAUUUCAUGUGCAACGAGACAAUGAAGCGAGAAACUAAAUCGUAUUUCUAUUUUUUAUUUUAAAUUUUAAAUUUCAUAAUUUUCUUUUGAUUUAAGCCCACUUUUAUGCGAUAAGACUUAGAUUUAUUUACGCAUGCAAUUAAAUAACGAUAUUCUAACGAAUGAGAUGAGAUGAGAGAAAGGAGCCCCAAUGCGCACAUUGUAAACUAAGAUUUAAGCAGAAAAAUAAAAAGCACCCUAUUCUUUUUAUCCGUAUCGAAACCAUCCGAAGAGAUAUCCGUUUUUAUUUUUCGACAGCCAGCUAACACACAAAAUCAACCACUCCUCUCUUUAUUUUGAAUUUUCUUUUCAACUUCGAACAUUCGCAAAUUAUUAUUCAUGUUUAUGCUCCUCCCUUUUGUUGGUCAUCUUUCUAUUGAGUCAUUUUUUUCCUAUGUUUAUUCUUUUGUUCAGUGGAAUAAUAAUGAUUCUGCUACUACUUUUAUUUGACGAAAAUUCUUCCAUUUUCAUUUUUUUAAUUUGUUGUGCUCGAGACCAUGGUGUCACACCACAACACUCCCAGCUCUUCCGUUUUUUUUACAUUGACUAAAACACCGCACGGUGUGUGAUUAAAUAAUAAAUACUUCUUGUUUGUAAGUGAAGCGAAUUAAUGAAUUCAUAAGAGAUAAAUCCACGUGUGAUGUACGAAAAAAAUUUACAGAGAAAAUUAAAUCCACUUUUUAGCAUUAAGACACUUUCUGAAAAACAAAAAAAACUAAAUGUAUUUACACAAGAGACAAUUUUAUAACGAUGCUAUAGAGGAAAAACCUGUUGCAUGUGCUGUUUUUUUUUCUUCUUUGGUUUUCCAUUUGAAAUUUUAAAUUUUUUUUUUAUUUUACGGUCCAAUCAUGAAGAGUAGAAGAUGAAGAAAAGAUGCGUAAUUUUUAAAUGCAAAUUUUAAAUAGAUUUUAAUCCAAUUUGUAACAGUUAUUUUUAGGAGCCAUUGUAUUCUACAACAUGAAUUUAAUGAGUAGAAGGAAAAAUAAAAUGUUAUCGAGAAAA